AAUGAGUCUAGCUCAUUAGAAGACAACAUUGGCACUAUGCCGGGUACUAUGUAAGUUCCUAACAAACCGAAACAAUAGAACAGUUAUCGUUCACCAACCAACAUGAGUAGCACUAACCUAAACGGUUUAAUACCACAGUAUCUCAAUGAAACUUUUAUUCGUACAUCGCUUGAAAACGGUCUUGAUCAGCCAAAUUUGGCACGAAUUGAAAUUCUCAAAUUUCUCGUUCGAAGUGCUACAACGGCAGGCGACAACUAUCUGAGUGAUGUUUUCAGAGUAUGGGUUCGAUAUAAUCGGCUACCGAACGGUCCGACGGAAGAUGUCUCCUUAAUAGUGAAAUGUAUGCCCGAUGUUGGGUAUCGUGGUAACAUCAACGAACAGUUGAAUGUUUUUGAAAAGGAGGUUAAUAUGUUUCGAAAUAUUAUUCCCGAAUUAACUGAUCUGAUCAGGGGUGAGAUGUUAGCAGCCAGGAUAUUCUACGCCACUGCCGAUCCCGUUCAAAUGAUCGUCUUUCAAGAUCUAAACGCCCUUGGUUUUAAAAUGGCAGAUCGAUCAGCUGGUGGACUGGACUUCGAUCAUUGUGCGAUGAUAAUGCGUAAAAUCGCAAGAUUUCACGCAUCCUCGAUGUUGCUGACCGCCAGCAGUGUUACAAAGUUGAAGGAGGUGGAGAAACAAUUCGAAUACGGGUUUUUGAAUCCCCACGUGCCGGAGAAAAGCAAUACACUCCUAAACAUAUUUGCUCACGGGUUGGAAACAUUGAUUGGUUGCGCCGAAAAAUGGAAGAAUUUUGAUCAGGACAUAUUGGCGAAACUGAAAAAUUUGAAAUCAUUCUACAAGGACCGUAUUGUGAAGUGUUUAAAUCAGCAAUUUUCCAACGGCUACAAAGUGAUCAAUCAUGGUGACUUGUGGAUCAAUAAUAUACUGUUCCAGUAUGACUCUAGCGGCAAACCGAAGGACGCCGUAUUUGUUGACUAUCAACUGAGUUGUUACACAAGUCCGGGAAUUGAUUUAAAUUACUCGCUAGUGAAUUGCCCAACGUGUGAUGUUCGUGAGUAUCAACGUGACAAUUUAAUUAUGGAAUAUCACAAAAGUCUGGAAUCAACGUUGAAGGGGCGAUAUGAGAAAAUUCCAACGCUGGCAGACGUUCAGAACGAGAUCAAACGAAUGGGAUUCUUCAGUGUUAUGGCUGCAAUAUUAAUCCUGCCCUUGGUGACAAUGGAGAAGAAUACUGAGGGUCUUGAUGUGAGCAUCGAAGCACUGGUUGACAAAGAAAAUGCCGAGAAACUACGAACAUUUCAGUACAAUGGACUACGCUAUCGGGAAUCCAUAACGAAACUGCUGGACCGUUUCAACAGGGAAGGAUUACUUGACUGAUUCGCACGAGACACCGCAGAUUUAUGGCAGUGGUAAAAAUGGCGUUAUCUCCAUUGGUCAUAUAAAUGAAGUAAACGUAGUAUGCCCUUGUAUGUUAAAAUGGAAAACUGUUCAGGCACGCACCUCUAUUUGUUCCCUGCACUGGUUACCAAAAAUCGCUAGACUUCUAUUAUGCAAUAAAUGAUCAAUUCCGUCGUGGAAUAUGUUUAGACACACAGGCUAAAAAGAGCGUAAAUAAAAUUAUGAAAUGUGAAUAA